AUGUCUAUCAAGGAGCGCUCAUCCUCAUCCAUGCGCAGUCACAGUCAGAACAACUAUCCGUUUCGAGAACCUAUCGAACAGCAGGUAUCCGAUGUGUACAUUGCAAUAAUGGGCGUGACCGGAGCUGGAAAGAGCACGUUUAUAUCGCAGCUGGCUGAUUCACAUGUGCCUGUGGGAAAUGGCCUAAAUGCUUGUACCCAGGAUGUGGCAGUGUAUCGAUGCAAGUCCAGCGGCCCGGCCAACAUCUGGCUCGUUGAUACACCAGGGUUCGAUGACACCCAUCGGAGUGACACGGAUGUGCUCCGCGAGAUAGCAAAUUGGCUGAUGGAAUCCUUUUCUUCCAAGAAAGUGAUUUUGAAUGGCAUCAUAUACCUCCAUCGUAUCACAGAUAUCCGAAUGCAGGGAUCGGCGAUGAAAAACCUCUUCAUGUUCAAGAAGCUCUGCGGUCCCGAUGCUCUCAAGAAUGUGAUUCUAGCUACCACCAUGUGGGAGAGAGUCGGUAUGGAAGACGGUGAGCGUCGCGAACAAGAGCUAGAGCGCACGUCAGAGUUCUGGGGAGAAAUGAUCAUGCGCGGCGCACUGCUUAAGCGGCACCAGAAUAACGCAAAUUCAGCCUGGAGUUUGGUAGAUGUCUUUGCCUCGAAAAGCUCAACAAAGCGAAAAGCAGUUCUUACCAUCCAGCAGGAGAUGGUAGUGCAGCACAAACCUUUAGCCAAGACAGAUGCAGGCAUGGAGCUUGAAAGUUCAUUGGUCCAAGAGCGAGAGAAAUGGUCACGGGAGCUCGAAAGGACUCGAGACGAUAUGCGUGAAGCACUUGCAGCCAAGGACAAAGAAUCGCUGGAGCAGCUCCGCGAGACAGAGGCCAAAAUGAACAAGAAGAUUGACGAGAUUGAACGUGCUCGCGAGGAGCUAAAGAUAGACAUGCGGUUGCAGUACGAGAGUCAGAUCACGAAGCUGCAUAAAGCUCUAGAGAAGCAGACUCUAGAUACUGAACAUAAUAAGAAGAAGCUCCAAGAUCUGGAAAAGACUCUCGAUGAGAUGCAAGCGGAGCCUACCGAAGAGCCACGGUUAACAACAGCUCCACCACCGUAUUGGGAAUCGAGCGACACCUCUUCCGAUGACUCUAUUAGUGACCCUAUCCCUCGAAUAAUAGAAAGACCACCGCAUGUCAUUCGACCACCGCAUAUCAUUCAGGGAGAAUCUUACAAAGGGCCCCGUACUGGAGAGUACAAUCUGUCCAUAACCGGCAUUAGAUACUUUUUCUGUGGACCCAGGUAUCAGGUCUGGAGAAUGGGGAAGGAAUACAUAUCCGACCAUACAAGCUUUCCUACUAUGUUGCGGUCACACACCACGACGCAUGGACACAACUAUUUCAGCUCAAACUUCAAGCACGAGUACUCGAGACUGUUCAGGCGUCUCAAAGAGCGUAUCGGGGCGGACCGCCCUACGGCUGUUGCCCUGGGAGGUCGUGGCCACUAUUUCUUCUCCACGGAUGAUUACAAGUGGUGGAAUCUCCCAAAUGAAAUCGAAGCAGCUGUUGCGCCCACUAGUAUCAAGCAGCUGUGGUUAGGCAGAAAUGACACCUUUGUCCUUGUCAAUGAGAGUGGGACCAUCUACUUUGAUCUAAAGGGUCACUAUACUAGCCUUUCCAAAAUACUGCGCGAAAUGAAGGCUAGGGGCCAAUCCAUCAAAGCUCUGGCUCUGGAUCUGGAAUACGAU